CAAAAAUAAACUUAUUUAAAAGCUCCUGCUAAUUGGAUUUCUUACAACGUGCAUCAAUUUAUUGACUCCAAUCCACGACUAGGACAACUGGCUUCAGAAUGGAUCCCGACUGCUUUGCCAUGUCCUCGUACCAGUUCGUCAACUCACUGGCCUCCUGCUACCCGCAGCAGAUGAAUCCCCAACAGAGUCACCCGGGAGCGGGCAACUCCAGUGCGGGCGCCGGCAACGUUGGUGGCGGCGGCGGAGGAGGCGGUGUGAGCGGAGGUGUUGUGCCCAGCGGCGGUGCCAACGGUGGACAGGGCAGUGCGGGGGCGGCGACUCCGGGAGCCAAUGACUACUUCCCAGCGGCGGCGGCCUAUACGCCCAACCUGUACCCAAAUACGCCGCAAGCACACUACGCCAACCAGGCGGCCUAUGGCGGACAGGGCAACCCCGAUAUGGUGGACUACACACAGCUGCAGCCCCAGCGCCUGCUCCUGCAGCAGCAGCAGCAGCAGCAGCAGCAGCAACAUGCCCAUGCAGCAGCAGCGGCGGUUGCCCAGCAGCAGCAGCAGCUCGCCCAGCAACAGCAGCAACACCCGCAACAGCAGCAGCAGCAGCAGCAGCAGAGCAACAUAAGUUGCAAGUACGCCAACGAUCCGUCGACGCCGGGCGGUGGAGGCAGUGGUGGGGCAGGUGGUGUGCCCAGCAACAACAACAACAGCAGCGCCAACAACAACAACAACAGCCAGUCGCUGGCCAGUCCGCAGGAUUUGUCCACAAGGGACAUAUCGCCAAAGCUGUCGCCCAGCUCGGUGGUGGAGAGCGUGGCCCGGUCACUGAACAAGGGCGUCCUGGGCGGCAGUUUGGCGGCCGCCGCUGCAGCCGCCAGUUUGAACAACAACCACAGCGGUCCCGGCGGAGCAGGGGGUUCCGGGAACGUCAACGUACCGAUGCACAGUCCCGGCGGCGGUGACUCGGACUCGGAGAGCGACAGCGGCAAUGAGGCGGGCAGCAGCCAGAACAGCGGCAAUGGCAAGAAGAAUCCGCCACAGAUAUAUCCCUGGAUGAAGCGAGUGCAUCUCGGACAGAGUACUGUGAACGCCAAUGGCGAGACGAAACGACAACGGACCUCAUAUACCCGCUACCAGACGCUGGAGCUGGAGAAGGAGUUCCACUUCAAUCGCUACCUGACCCGCCGCCGGAGGAUCGAGAUCGCGCACGCCCUGUGCCUCACGGAGCGGCAGAUCAAGAUCUGGUUCCAGAACCGGCGCAUGAAGUGGAAGAAGGAGCACAAGAUGGCCUCGAUGAACAUCGUGCCGUACCACAUGGGUCCCUAUGGACACCCCUACCACCAGUUCGAUAUCCAUCCGUCGCAGUUCGCGCACCUGAGCGCAUAGGACGCGUGGCACUUUUCGGGUACUGGUUAGAGACUCAAUCAGUUGUAUCAGGAACCAUA